GAGUGCAGAUUUAAAUCGUAACCGCCAUUAGAUUGUUUAGUCAACUUUUUGACGCCGGCCGCACAAGUCGCGCCGUAUCUCCCCGAUAGCGCUGAGUCAAUAUUUUCGUCGAUAGUGCAUCCCGGAUUUGGUGGAAUUACGCAUUUUGUGAUAGCUCGCGUAGUUACAGUGGUGAAGCGACGUCUGCGAUUACAAAAUGGAUCACCUGGGCGAGUGAAUCGAUUGUUUAUCGCGGUUUAUCAACAAAACCUCAAACGAUAACCGGAGCCAGUGUUAGCCACGUUCUCGAACAGACAUGCCAAUAUUGGGCACCGAGAUGUCCCAGGAUAUGUGCUACAGAUACCCGCAGACUGACUAUAAUAUGCCGGGGCAGUUCUUGUGGGACAAACAGAUGUAUACGCUGCCGGCGCCCCGACCGGCGGACUUGUCUCCUUACAACACAGACAGCGACAUGCAGCUGGAGACGAGCAGCAGCGAGGCGUCAGCAGCCAGCUCGACAGCGCUGUCGCAGCACUGUGCGAUCUGCGGGGACCGCGCCACCGGCAAACACUAUGGCGCCUCCUCCUGCGACGGCUGCAAGGGCUUCUUCAGGAGGAGUGUCCGCAAGAACCAUCUGUAUACCUGCAGGUUUAGUAGAAAUUGUAUAGUGGACAAAGACAAACGGAAUCAGUGCAGAUACUGCAGGCUGAGGAAGUGUUUCAAAGCGGGCAUGAAGAAAGAAGCUGUACAGAACGAGCGGGACAGAAUAAACUGCAGGCGGCCGUCGUACGAGGAGCCCACACAGGCAAACGGCCUGUCCGUAGUGUCGCUUCUGAACGCCGAACUGCUCAGCAGGAAGGUCAUAGAUGAAUCCAACAACAUAACGGACGCGGAGAUCAAUAGCCGCAAGCUGGCGAAGAUCAACGACGUGUGCGACAGCAUCAAGCAGCAGCUGCUCAUACUGGUGGAGUGGGCGAAAUACAUACCCGCCUUCACGGAGCUGCAUCUUGAUGAUCAGGUGGCGCUGCUGCGCGCACACGCGGGCGAGCACCUGCUGCUGGGGUGCGCGCGGCGCUCGCUCCACCUGCGAGACGUGCUGCUGCUCGGCAACAACUGCAUCAUCACCAAACAUCACCUAGACGGUCGCAUGGACAUCGACAUCAGCAUGAUCGGCAUCCGCGUGAUGGACGAGAUCGUGCGGCCGCUGCGCGACAUCGACAUCGACGACACCGAGUUCGCCUGCCUCAAGGCCAUCGUGUUCUUCGACCCCAAUGCGAAGGGCCUCUCGCAGCCGCAGAAGAUCAAACAACUGCGCUACCAGAUUCAGAUCAAUCUAGAGGACUACAUAAGCGACCGUCAGUACGACGGGCGCGGGCGGUUCGGCGAGCUGCUGCUGUGUCUGCCGCCGUUACAGAGCAUCACCUGGCAGAUGAUAGAGCAGAUACAGUUCGCCAAGCUCUUUGGUGUCGCUCAUGUCGAUAGCUUGCUCCAGGAGAUGCUGCUAGGAGGUGCGACCGCAGAGGCGACGCUAGAGGAGGCGCAGGAGUCCGCGGCGGGGGCCCCCGCGCCAGUGGCGGAGCCAGCCGCCCGCUCGCCCCCCUCGCCCGCGUCGCCGCCACUGGUGCCUCAGCUGACUCUGCCCGAGGCGUUCUUAGAGCCGGCCCCGUUCAAACAGGAGCCUAACAUGAGCCCCGAGCGCCCGCGUAAUUUCAAGACAGGAGACAUAACGAUGUUAUAGAAUAUACAAGAUAUUGGGACGAAAAGAAAGUGUUUUCAAGAAAAUUGAAUAAUUUUGCAAUGACUGUUUGCGCACGUCCAUAAUAAUAGUUUAAAGUUCAUGCGAUAGCUUUUUAUGUCGCGUAUUAAUAAGCAUACUGCAUAGGUAUACAUAGGCUAAACAGGAUAUAUUCAGAUACAGGGUAAUCCGGAAAACUUAAAAUAACUCAUCAGCGAGUAUUUUGUUCACUUGGCAUAUAACGGUAAAAUGCGGUUAUAUUCUGCUACCGCACUCAAAUUGAAGCGGAUUUUGGUUUAUUUAGCUUGAAAUAUGAUAUUAUUGCCAGAUGAUAUCUGAUGAUAUAAUAUGAUG